UUUCACGCAGGUAUAACAACAGAUAAAAUUCAGUCAAAUUAUGAAAUUCAUUCCGACCGGUUUAUUUAAAAAUGGUUAAUGUUUUUAAAAAAGUUGAUAAACUUUCACCGAAUGAAACUGAUCCAUUACUAAGAUCCAAUGCAGCAAUACAACCAUUUUGGAAGAAACCAUGGUUUACUCUUUUUAUAGUUAUAUUAAUAAUUGUUGUUACUUCAACCAUUAUUUUAUACAUAUUUUACCAUAAAAAUGGUUCACCAAACGCUAAUGAGACGGAAGCAAAUGUUGUUAGAUUUGAUGCGGCAACGUUAUCGCAUAAUCCUUUAAAUUUCGAGUUCAAAUCCCAUCCAACAUUUAGGGUGUUGAGUAUAGCAACAACUAAUGGAGAUUACUUCAAAAAAUGUGCGCCGGCCGUAACCUGUAACCCAGACGAUAAAUACAGAACAUUCAAUGGCUCGUGUAACAAUUUGCAGAACCCUAACUGGGGUGCGGCUUUAACACCAUUUUACAGAUUGAUGAACGCCGAGUUCAAUGAUGGUAACAAUACGCUUAGAGUUCAAUUAGAUGGAAAACCAUUGCCUAGUGCUAGGCAAGUAGGUGUGAAAUUAUUUUAUAUGAGAGAUAUUCGUAACUACGAUCAUGUCAAUAAUGAGUUAUUAGUUCCAUGGGGACAGUUUUUGACACAUGAUAUAUCGUUCUAUCCUGAUGAUAUACGAAAUGCGACUACUCCAGCUGAUUUGGAUCACUGUUAUGAAAAGGAUAAGUCCAAAAUUCCAUUUGAAUGUGAAACCGCUAUACCGAUAGCAGCAGAUGACCCAGUAUAUAGCCAUUAUAAUGUAACACUGUUUAAAUUUGUUCGAUCUGCGACUUCAGUGAAUUUUAGCUGCCCUUUAACACCUCGAACUAUUUUCAAUAGAAAUACACAAUAUAUAGAUGCAUCACACGUAUACGGUUCAAACAAAAAGACAGCUGAUGGUCUUCGGACAUUUUUGAAUGGUAAACUUAGAUCACGGAUAUUGGAAAACGAAGAGUAUUGUCCACAAAACCCUGAUUCCGAAUUCAAAGAUGGUCCAUUAGGAAAAUCUAAUGUUCAAUUCGCCGCAGGCGAUAUCAACGUCAAUCAGAAUUUGGCCAUUGCAUUGUUUCAAAAUUUAUUUUUAAGGUAUCACAAUCAUUUGGCUGACGAAAUACAGACAUUAAAUCCAUCAUGGUCCGACGAAAGAGUUUAUCAAGAAACACGCAGAAUCGUAGGUGCAAUCAUACAAGUUAUAACCUAUGAACAUUUCUUGCCAAUUAUUCUAGGAGACGCAUACAUGAAAGAGUAUGGACUAGUUGGACAGACCAGUUAUGAUCCUUCAAUUAAUUCGGCUUUAGCACAAGAAAUGACAAGUGGUGCAUUUCGAGCUGUUCACAACAUUAUUCCUGCUAAAUUCAACUUAAUGACUGCAAAUUAUUCAAUUAUCGAUGAAGUAGAGCCUUCAAGAGUGUUACUGCAGCCAGACUUGCUUAUAGGAAAUUUCGAUAACAUGUUACGAGGGUUCUUGGAAACGCCAGGUCGAGCUGUACAACCAUCCUAUAAUAAUUUGAUUACAAAUGUUGUGUUUAAAAUACCGAAUUUGGAUGGAUACUCGGGAUUUGAUUUAAUGUCUUAUGAUAUUCAAAGGGGCAGAGAUAAUGGCCUACCACCAUAUAACAAAAUGAGACACAUUUGUGGUUUAAAAAAAGCAAAUCAAUUUAAAGAAUUAUCUGAUCUAAUCUCUUUAGAGGAUAUUGAAAUUUUGAAAUCACUUUAUUCUACUGUGCACGACAUAGACUAUAUUGUUGGUGCCCUCUUGGAAAAACCUAGAAACGGAUCAAUGGUUGGUCCAUCAACUGCGUGUGUAAUUGGAGACAGUUUCUAUAGGUUUAAAGCUGGUGAUCGUUUCUUUUAUGAUGUUCUAGGACAACCAGGAAGCUUUACCCCGGAACAAAUUAAAUCCCUGAAAAAGAUCACUCUUAGUCACGUUAUGUGCACAUCAUCAAAUUUGGACCACAUGCAAAAGGAAACAUUUAGAUUUGUUGACCAUAAGUGGAUGUCAAGUAUUAAGUAUAGCUGUAAAUCAUUUAAGAUGGACUUAUCACCAUGGAAAGAAAUUUAAUAAUAAUUGUAUUAUAACAUAACUAAUUUUAAUAUAAUAUUGUGCUUUUUGAAUUUCGGUGA